ACGAUUAUCUCGGUUUACCACAAGAGCGGGAGAACUGUUUCAACACAUUGUGUCCGCUUGUGGUCAGUCCGCGGCACUCGAUAGCGCUUUCAUCGCAUCGAUUGAUAAUUAGACUUAUACCAUUCCUCAUGAGUGACGCCACGCUAUCAUCGGAACAGUUGGACAGAGAAGAGGAAGAGAUACUAUUAUCGCCGCCGAAGACAUUGCUAUCACUACUGGAACAAAUGGACGGCAUUAUCGACACAAUGCUUAGCGAGUACUGCAUCGGCGACUGUAUCUGCGCUGUGGAAGCGGACACCGACUCAUACACCUAUACGUUGGCCUAUCUGUUGAUUUGGGGCCAAAUACUGGACAUUUUUGGCAACCUAUCCGAAGAGUCGCGGCCGCAAUUCACGGCAUUCCUCCGGCAGUCGUCGUAUUUGUCGCGUCUGUUGGAAAAUCUGUUUCGAUUGAUGCCACUGUCGGCCACCGAUGCCCACAAUAUAGAUACCGAGUCGUGGCUGACCAGCGAUUGGACCGAACGCCUGCUGGACGAGCCGCGGCUCGACUCGCACCACAUUCAACGCCUGUCCGCAUAUCUGUAUUAUCUAAUACUGCGUCGAUUGCCGGCGUCGGUGAGGCAGUGGUGGAACAACUGCGACCGCCGCACCUCCGAAGUGGUCAACAAGUAUACGGCCGGCUAUUUCAGUGGCGUUCUGUGCGGACAAGAGUUGGAA